AUAAUAAACAGACUAUGUAUCAUUUUUCUCGCAAGUUAUACUCCGCACUGAAAUUGAUGAUUGAAACGUUGUAUCCGUGUCGAUUUUAUUCCGAUUCUCGUUCGACACAUGCCUAUUUACAAAUUGCACCAACACGAACGUUCGUGUGUGUGACGUUCACCCAUGGAACCGAACGUGUCAUCCACAGACUCAGAUACCUCUGCAAAAUUUAGCUCUAGUAGCACCAUCUGGAACCACCGUAGGGCAGAACUCGUAUCGGUCAAGUUGACGACGAUUAAAAUAGACAAUAAAAUAAUAUAUAACGACAGUGAAACGAACGCGUAAUAAUCGAUUCGAAGGAAUAGAUGUGAUCAACGCAAUUUGCCACGUGUCACCGCGCGUGUACUGUUAUCAUCCAGUUGAAUUUCGACUUACGAUGGAUGAAAUUAAUAGCUGGGAGGAAAUAGAAAACAAAGAAUUCUUUAAACAAUUCAUCGACGGUGAAUCGAAAAAGAACGACAUCGGUCAAGUGCUUUCGGUGGCACAGCAGAUAAACAAACUAGGACAAGCUAUCGAAAUACUCAACGCCGAAUUACAAAGGCAGGUGUUGGCUAAUCACAAAGAUUUGUUGUCGCAAGCGACAUGGGUGGAAAAAUUAGUAGGCGUACUUUCAGUGAUGCAAUCGCACGUUCAGAGUCUUCUGUCAGCCGUAGAACGUUUACGUGGAAAAAUCAUCGAUCCUUUCAACAGAAUCGAGACGCAGACGAUCGUAUUAGCAAGGCUUCACGAGACGUCAGAUCUGUUGAGGAGAGUAGCCAGGAUGCAACACUUAUCGAAACGUUUACACUCCCAAAUGACGACGAACAACAUGCAAGGACCCGACAUUAUAAAAGCUGCCAACAGCCUACACGAACUUGAGCAAUUAAUGACGGAUACCGAUUUAAACGGGCUGGACGUUAUUGCCGAUGAUCAGCAAGCUGUAAAGUCUCAUAGAGCGACGGUACAGAGAAUAGCGACUCAUACGUUGUCCCAAGGAUUGCAAACGAUGGACAGAACAAAAGUGAGCACGGCCGUGCAAGUGUUUCAAAAUCUGGGGAUCGUAAAUGGAGCCGUGGACAAUAUCAUAGAUUCUGUUCUGUCAGAAAUCGAGAAGAUCGCCACGGAUUCGUUAGACGUGACUCUGGCAACGAAUCAAGAUACGGGAAAAAGAGCAGCACCCGGACGAGCUGCCAUUCCUUCCCCGGGAUCUUCUGGUAAUUUACGCACGCGAAUUUGGGAGAACCUCGAAAGGCUGUUUCAAGACACCCUUUACACGCACUGCUUACAAAUCGAGUUGCUGCAAAGAAUACUGUUGGAACAUCAUGCCAAGGGAUUGGAUCGACUGUCACAGCAAUUUUGGAACAAAGUCAAUGGUCUACUCUCGAAAGUAUUAGUCGAACGCGCACAAGGAUCGUCGUUCGUGAAACAGGCGUUGGAAGGCGAAUACCCAAAAUUCUUACGAAUAUUUUUGGAUCUGAGAAAAAGAUUGAAGGAAAGAUCGCAAAGUAUUGGGAUUUACAAUAUCGAUCACGACGUACUGUUACCGUUUGAAAAUGCAUAUCUAUCGCGUUCGGUGUCGCGCUUGUUAGAUCCGGUGCACAACAUGUUCUCGGGCGAAGGACUGCCCACACAGGAUGAAAUUGACAGUCUCAUACGCACGGUGACCAAUGAACUGAGCGUUUCGUUGGUCGACGAUGGCCUGUCGACGGUAGUCGCCCGUAACGUGGGAAAGGCCAUAAGACUGUUUUGUUUAAAAUGUGAGCAGGGACUGCUCGUAGGCGGAGAAGCCAGUCAAGUGAUCGAUACUCCGACGACGGUGCAACAAACGAACGUGUCCCUCGCGAAUCUACUGUAUUACCUGUGCAGCCAAAUAAGUCGCGUAACAGCGAACUUGUCUGGUUUGCCGAGCGAAGGAAACGCAGUGAUCUCCACGGCCCUCAAAGAAAUAGACACGUUGACCAAAAACAUUUUAUCGCCGCUAUUGGCGUCUAUCGCUGACGCGAUCGAGAGUAUCAUUUUAACGAUGCACGACGACGCAGAGUUUCGAGAACCGACGAGCAGUAGCAGCAGCAACAGCAGCAGCAGCAGUCCAUUGGGAAAAGAGAUCAACUGCUCGCUGUACAUGCGCGAGCUUCAGGGAUUCAUUUUACGCGCCGUGAACACGUUUCUCGUACCGUACAAAAAUCAAACGAUAGUCGCCGAGUGCUGCAAAUCUGUUACUUCGCGAUGCAUCGAGCUGUUCGUGAGGAACGCUUGUUUGUUGAGACCCCUGACCGAGUACGGACGGGCCAAACUCAUCGUCGAUUUCGGUCAGAUAGAAGUAGCUGUCGCUCCUUUGUGUAGAGCGGGACAGUUGGGAUCGUCGGAGCAGCAACAAUACAGAACGUUACGAGCACUGAAAGCGUUGCUUCCGCUCAGUCCCGACGAAAUAGUUCAAAAGGUCUUGGAAGGAGACGGGGAGUGCGGCGUACCUCCUUCACUCGUGCUUUUACAUUUGUUCUCCACGGCACCGCCCGAAUUACUUUCUCCUCAUCAGAGCGCGGGCUGGUCAGUGACUCGAUUGUCCCAGUGGAUGGACAAAAACACGAACGAGAGAGAUCGUUUAGCGUUCUGUAGCGGGCCACUGGAACGUUAUCAGUUGACGGUCAGGCAACAGAACCUCCCGACGUUCCACCCGCUAUUUCCGUUGAUGAGAAGGUUAGCCAAUUUAAACGAACAUUAAUCUGUCUGUACAAUUGACCAAUCGGCUGUCAAAUAAAAUCAGUGUAUCCUGUUUAGCGUUA